CGGAAUAACAUCAUCCAAAUAAGAGUGAACAACUAACUAUUUCAAUGAUCACGGUCACACUGAACACAAAUUAAAGAGCGCAAACCGAUGCGCACUUGAAUUCCUUCAAAUAUUUUUGUUGUUAUUUUAAAAUGACGCGUUGUUUAUCGCAUGCACUGGUGAAAUAUCAAAAAGAUUUGGACUCAGGCAUCAAGGAAUUAACGAAGGAAUGGGAUGAGUCCGAUUCAGAUUUAGCCCACCGCUUAACAGAACCUGAUAGAGUUACCAGUGAAGACCUAAGUCGACAAUAUAGUCCUGAAGAUGUGCGACAAUUGUGUCUGCGCACCAAAGUGUGUGUCGAUAUGACGCUUUUCAAUUGUCUAUGGGACGCAAAGAAACGUUUCGACAAAAAGGAACGCCUGAAAAAUCGUUCAGAAGUCUUCAUCAACAAAAUGUACAUCAAAGCUGUAAAGAAAAAAAUGGUGAUACCAUAUGAACCGAAGGAAAUUGAAAAAUCUGUGCAUAUUCGUCGUUGCAUACUCAAGAAGCGUAAUAAUAUACGUUUAGACAGAUGGAAUAACUUGCCAACCCAAGAGUCAUCAACAUCGUUGUCCAUUGAAGAGAUCAGUGAAGACCAAGAGCCGUCAUCAAUGUUGGCGCAAAUACCCAAUGAAAGUCCCAAUAGUAGCAGAGUUGCAUCUGAUAAUACAAUUAACUACUCAGUUGCCGACAUAUCGUCAGGUCCCAUUUCCAGCGAACCUCAACUUCGGCACGUCGGAAACACCGAAAGCGAAAUUCUUCAAUUGCCUGCGAUUGCUGAAAACGAAGACGUCAACAUGUCUAAAAAUACCGGAGCCGAACAUGCCCAAUUGGCUGCAAAUGAUCAGUCUAAAGAUGCCCAGACUUCCAAGGAGAAAAGUUUGGAAGAGUCAGGGAUCGAUUUUGAAGCUGCAGCGAUGGCAAUCGAUCCUGAAUCUAUGAUCAUCGACUUGGCUGCAAGUGAUCAGUCUAAAGAUGCCCAGACUUCCAUGGAGAAGAGUUUGGAAGAGUCAGGGAUCGAUUGGGAAGCUGCAGCAAUGGCAAUCGAUCCUGAAUCUAUGAUCAUCGACUCGGAUGCCCAGACGCCACAGACAGAGAGUGAACCACUUGUUGAAGAUUACUCCAUCUUCAGCUCCCAAGUGCUCUGCACAUCGACGGAGUCCACUGAAAUUACUGACGAUUUAAUUUAAUUUUCGAUUGAAAUAUUCGCUCUAAUUUAGAAGUAUUAACUAAAAAAACAAAAUACUACGGGUUAUGAAAUUUAAAAAAUGUAAAAUGAAUUGAAUUACAAAUUUUUUAAGUAUGCUAC